AUGGCAUCAACCACUCCGUUUCCCAAAUGGCAAUUGGCUAUCCUUCUUGGUGCGCCCUUAGCUAUCGGUUUAGGUUACCUGUAUCUUAGAAACAGAUUGGAAGACCCCGAAAAGAAAAAAAUUGCAGAUUUAAAGGCCAAAACUACCAUAUCUUUGGAUAAUGAAGAAAAUAAUGCGAAAGCAUCUGAGAGUGCUAUUGACCGCGCUAUGAAAUUAAAAGGAGCCGGGAACCGAGCUUUUCACGCAGGAGAAUAUGAUAAAGCUAUUGCUCUUUACAACGAAGCUAUUGAGGCUUGUCCUCCAGAUCGCCCUGUUGAUUUGGCCACAUUUUAUCAAAACCGUUCUGCCUGUUAUGAAAAGCGCGAAAUGUGGGAGCAAGUAAAAGAAGAUUGCACUUUUGCUCUGAAAUUAAAUGAGAAAUAUGUUAAAGCUUUCUUGCGUCGCUCUCGCGCAGCCGAAAAAAGUGGUGAUUUAGUCCUUGCUUUAGAGGAUGUAACUUCGGCAUGUAUUCUUGAAAGAUUUCAGGUACAAAGUUCCCUAGUAAAUGCAGAUCGUAUUCUUAAGGCCUUAGGUAGACAACAUGCACGAGAAGCUCUAGCUAAAAGACACCCAGUUAUGCCAUCGAAACAUUUUAUCAAGACUUACUUCUCUGCAUUCUCUGAAGAUCCCAUUGCACAGAUUCAGCUAGAUGCUAAUGAUGUGGGUGGAUUUUGCAAAGCAAAAAAAGCACUUGAUUUGCAACAAUAUGAUUCAGUAGUUGAUGCUUGCACUGAAGAGUUGGAAGCUGAUGGAAAAUACAAAUAUGAAGCUUUACUUCUGCGUGCCACUUUUUAUUUACUGCUUGGCAGACAUGAUGAAGCUCAAGCUGAUCUCGGAAAGGUAAUUGACAGUGAUGCAACAUUGAAAGUAAAAGUUAAUGCUUUAAUUAAACGAGCAUCCUUGUUUACACAAUUGGAAAACACUGAACGCUGCCUAGAAGACUUUGCAAAUGCUGCCAAAUUGGACCCAAAUAACUCCGACAUAUAUCAUCAUCGAGGUCAAGUUUAUUUACUGUUAGAACGCAUGGAUGAAGCUACUGCAGAAUUUGCAAAAGCCGUUGAAUUAAACCCUGAAUUUUCAAUAGCAUAUAUCCAAAAAUGUUAUGCUGACUAUAGACAUGCACAGUUGCAUAAAAAUGUGGGGGCUCUUAACCAAGUUAGAGCUGACUUUGAGCGUGCAUUAGAGAGAUUUCCAAGAUGUGCCGAGGCUUACAUUUUAUUUGCUCAAGUUCUAUCAGAUCAACAAGAGUGGGGCCGUGCUGAAUCACUUUUCGAUUCAGCUCUGUCAGUGGACCCAAAUAAUGCUACAUUGUAUGUUCACAAAGGACUGGUUCAGUUACAAAAGAACACAGAUUUUGAUAAGGCCGUAAAGUUAAUUAAUAAAGCUAUUGAGAUGGAUGACAAAUGUGAUUUUGCUUAUGAAACUCUAGGCACCAUAGAAGUACAACGUGGAAACCUGAGGCGGUCAUUGGAGCUGUUCGAAAAAGCAAUUGCUUUAGCCAAGACGGAACUAGAAAUGACACAUUUAUUUUCAUUGAAAGAUGCUGCAGCUGCACAACUUAAAGUAUCUGAACGUUGGGGUCUUGAUUGGACUGUGAGC